AUGAAAAAGGAAAGGAAAUUGGUAUGAUUUAAUCCUCCAAUAUUGUGUGGUUGGUGUAUGCUUUUUUCAAGUAAAGGCUUGAAGUAUUGAGAUCCAAACCCCAAGUUGGCCCAUCCCAUUCCUUAACCAUUCAGAUUCAGCACACCCUUCGCCGCUCCCUGCCGCAACCUUUCCAUCAUUCCCAUAAGCUUUCAUCAUUAAGCAACAACAAUUCUUUGUGGCGCCAUUAAUGCACCUUCCCUAUUCCCCAUAGCAGUCCCUCAACAAGAUAUCCUCCCUAUGAACUGGGUCGCCUGACAGUUUGUAAAAUAAUCAGGAUCUCAUUAGCUUCUUACACUGCCCAUUCUUCCAUUUUUCGUUUCACUGCUGAAAUAAUAAAUCUUCUUAGGAUUCUUGUUGUUUCUAUUUUUUUUUUCAAAAACAUUUUCAAAUCAAAUAAAUAAGUUGAUCUACGAUUCAUUGAAACAAAAGAAAAGUUCGAGCGUUUAUCUAAUCAAAUCUAAUUUAUCUAAAUAGAAUUCCUACUAAAAAAGUAUUUAACGAUUUUACUUGCCUUUUAGGCCUUAUUUUCUGUUUCUGUGGUGAUUCCAUUAUCUGAGUGCAUUGUCUUCUCGAUGCUCAUUUAAUUUGUAGCUUUGCAAUAUUUCAUUGCGACCCAAGUGGAGUUCAUUUGAUGAGUUGGGUUUCCCUUUAGUCUGACAAAUCUUUCCUUCUACCCCUCUUUCCUUCUACCCCUGAUCUGAUCUGGGUGUGGACGGUUUUUGGGGUUGGGUUUCUUCAAUUCAACUUGUUGUUGAUUGUUGGUUGCGUUUUCCCCUCUCUUUGGGAUUUGGGAUUUGGUGAAAUAUGUCAAUGGAUGCUUCAGGUGAAGAGCUUUCGGAUUUGGAGGUUGAGAAUGGAGUGAAACAUUGCGGGUUUGAGGAUGAACCUGAAACUAUUGCUAUAAUGGAUGCUGUCAAAGUUUUGUUGCAGGGUUUAGGGGAAGAUAUCAACAGAGAGGGUAUCAAAAAGACCCCUCUUCGUGUGGCCAAGGCUCUUAGAGAAGGAACAAGAGGCUAUGGACAGACAGCCAAUGAAAUUAUUCAAAGUGCUUUAUUUCCUGAAGAUGGACUGCAUAAGGGUGUUGGCCAGGCUGGAGGUGCAGGUGGGAUUGUGAUUGUUCGAGAUAUCGACUUCUUCUCAUAUUGUGAGUCAUGUCUGCUUCCAUUUCAAGUGAAAUGUCAUGUGGGCUAUGUUCCAUCUGGUCAACGAGUUGUAGGGCUCAGCAAGCUCUCUCGAGUGGCAGAUGUGUUUGCAAAGCGACUUCAAAAGCCUCAGCGUCUAGCUGAUCAGAUUUGUUCAGCUCUGCAACAUGGGAUCAAGCCAGGAGGUGUUGCUGUUGUUCUUCAUUGUUUGCACACUCAUUUCCCCAGCUUGGAGUCAUUCUUUCUUGACUCGAAAUCCCCGGGAUGGGUCAAAGUGCUGGUGCAAUCUGGUUCAGGAGCUUUCGAAAGCCAAGAUGCUGAUAUCUGGAUGGACUUUUUCAGUCUUUUAAAAUUUAGAGGCACAUAUCCGUCUAAAGCUGGGGCAUCAGAUUCAAAUGCUCAACAUUGGUGCCCAUCUCAAUUUUCUUCAGCUUCUAAAUUCUCUACCAAACCCGAACCGCUAAAUCUAAAAAUGACCACUGCAGUGACAUCUAUUUUGAGGUCGUUAGGUGAAGAUCCAUCAAGAAAAGAGCUUCUUGGAACACCUGGUCACUUUGUGAACUGGCUAAUGAGCUUCCAAAACUGUAAUGUGGAAAUGAAGAUGGAUAUGAACAAGCUCAAUGGCUUUGCUAAUGGUAGAACUCAUUUCGAUCACAACGAGAACAGUAACCUCUACGAGAAACAGAUUCAAUCACAGAUGAAUUUCUUGUUCUGGUCUCAAUGUGAGCACCAUUUGCUCCCCUUUUACGGCGUCGUCCAUGUAGGAUUCAUAAGAGAUGAUGGACUCACUCCCCUUGAGAAAUCACUUUUAAACUCAGUAAUACAUUUUUAUGGUUUCAAGCUUCAAGUUCAGGAAAGAAUGACCAGGCAGAUAGCAGAGAUGGUUUCAUCAUUAUUAGGAACAGACGUGAUAGUUGUUGUGGAGGGAAGUCAUACUUGUAUGAUCUCAAGAGGAAUUGAGAAGUUCGGUAGCACAACAGCUACAAUUGCUGCGCUUGGUCGGUUUUCAUCUGAUGCAGCUGCAAGGUCCAUGUUCUUGCAGAGCAUUCCACAAACUACCAUUGGAGAACUGUAAGGUCAAGCUUAUGGUUAUCCUUUUGCGUUUCUCGGGAGGUUUGUACUCAGUCCCAUUGCACUGAUAUUGUCUGCUUCCUCUCUAGAAGCCUUUUCACAAUAAACUCGUGGGUCAUGUCAAAGCGUUAGAAUGUCAAAUAUAAGUUUUGCUCAAUUUGAUUAGUGGCUACAUACACAACUGGCUGGCAGGGUAUAUUUUGUGGGUCAUUGUCCCAUUCAUAGUCUAUUUAGUUGUUUUAGACCAAAGGGAUCCGAAAGAGAUACCCUUUUAUACUUUAUUUUUGUUGGUUAGGAGCCGAGGAGUUAUAGCUUUACAACAAUUUCCAUGGCCAAUUUUGGUGCAAUUCCAUUACUAGGAUGUAUAUCAAUGAAACCUAUAUGUAUUUGAGUCCACAAUAUAUUUCUAUCAAUUAUUCACUAUUUGGGUCAAA